GACAUCAGCACGCAGGCGUGCACCAGGACACGCCCUCCCGGCAGUUUAGCAUUCGGCCGUCUCCCAGACGACGAGCGGGUAAACUUCUUCCUGUCACGGACUUGUGUUACAAACCGUCCGAGAAUGUCUGCGGCCGACGAGGACACCGAGCUGAGGGAUCUGCUGAUCAAUACUCUGGAGAACAACGGCGUGCUGAACAAGAUCAAAGCGGAGCUGCGAGCCUCGGUCUUUAUGGCUCUGGAGGAGCAGGAGCGGGCGGAGAACAAGCCGGCACUGGUCAAUGAGAGGCUCCGGCAGUUCCUGAACAGCAGAGAGGGCCGCCUGGUCGCCGGCCUAGUCACUGACUUCCUGCAGCACUUCCACCUGGACUUCACCCUGGCCGUUCUCCAGCCUGAAGCCAACCUGCCCAGCACACCUAACAAUCGGGCUGAGGUGGCAGGAGAGCUGGGCCUGCCUGAGGCCGAGAAGGGAGGCCCAUUACUCCUAGAGCUGAUCAGGAGUUUCCAGGGUAGACAGAACGGGCUGCCAGAGCAGGAGCUGCCCCCUGGACACCUGGCAGAGGUACAGGCCAAGUUUGAGUUGUAUGAUAGGGACAAGAAAGGGGAGAUAAGCAGAGAGAAGCUGAGGGAACUAUUCGGGGAGCUCUUCCCUCACUCCAACAGGGACAUGCUGGACAGGUACGUCAGCGAAGAGUAUAAACAUUGCCUAGACCUGCAUGACUUCCUGGCCAUGUACAGGCGUCUGUUCAUCAGGUGUAAGCCUGUGGAGGUUUCUGAGAUCACCUACCCCUCCUCCACCAAAGUGCACCCCCAUAUCCGGACAGACAACUCUUCCUUCCUUGACAACCACCUUCUGAAGCCACAACCCACAGCAGAUAAGCUCCAGCUACAAGAAAGUGAGGGCCUCAAACUGGAUGAAGAUGACCUGGAGGCUGAUUCUUUCUAUGAUGAGCCCCUUCCUAAACCAGAGAAGACCUAUGGUUGGAAAGAGGAGAGCAGCAAGCCUCACCAGAGUCUUUCAGCCCUCCUUAAUUCUCAGUCUCACAAAUCCGAGGCCAGCUCCCGUUCUGAGGGGCACAAGGACCUCAGAUCGGCUUCUGACAAGAUGGCUUCCCUUGAAUUGGGUGCGGGUAAUGAGGAUGAUUACGCCGAUGACUUUAACAGCACUAGUCAGCGCUCGGAUAAAAGCGAGCUCAGCAUUGGUGAGGAUCUAGAAGAAGAUGACUUGUCUGUUGACCUCACUGGCAGUGACAAUAAACUAGAGGACUUCACCUUAGACCAUUCUAUAUCUCGUAUAAGUGAUGUUGCCGAUUACCUGGAAGAGGUUUCAUGACGAAUGUACUCUUUUCUGCAUUUAUCUCAAACUUUUUUUAUUUUUUCGCUGCAUCAGACUGAACAUUUAGGAAUAUGAACAAUAAUCUGUACAUCUAUGUAGUUUUAAGGUCGAUUCUAUAGAAUUUUUCAUAAAGAGCUAUGUGAAAGACUGUAGAUGGUUAUAAAAAUGAAUAUGAAAUAAAAGGGAAACCUUAAAGGUA